AUGAAGAUUAUGUACAAAACUGUGCUGCUGAUAAUGGCCUUUGAAAGUUUUUGCAAAACCCAGGCUGCCCGAAAGAAACCCUUCAUGGUCAAACUAAAUCGUGUUAGCUGUCCCAAAUUCAGUGAUCGCAUCAAAUAUAUGGAGUGCAAUUGGAAGAAAGUGGCCACCAGUAAAUAUAAUUUGGGAUCUAUUUUUAUGCUAAACAACGAUUUGGAUAGAGAUGCUGAGAUACAGUUGAAAAUUCAUAUAUCCCGCAGUGGAGGUAAAUGGCUGAAAUUUGUGGACCUCAAGGUUAAUCUGUGUGAUGCCCUACAGAAAUUAUUGUCUAUACCUUUGGCCAAUACAUUAUUAAAUGAAGCCCUGCAGACAAGUAAUGUGCCAUGUUCGUGUCCCAUAAAGGGGAACGUCAUGUACAACAUGUCCAACUUCAUGGUCAGCGAUAAGUUAUUUCCACCAUAUACACCAACAAAUUUGGAGUUUAAUUGUACUACAAAUUAUUUUGAACACCAGAAAGUUAUUUACACUUUUAUAGUGGAAGGUGGCAUAAUUCCAUCCGCGUAG